AUCACAAUCUACAAUCACUUGCAGCUAAAUUUUACCCUAAACCCUUCUUCUCUAAAUCCUUACAUCUCCACUCAAAACCCUAACACCUCCAUUUAUCGACUUAACUACGUUUCUGAAACAAAUAAAAAAUGGCGCUGUUCUUUCGUCUCAGAAUCCAUUCUCUAAUAAAAGUCCGUCGCGAAUUCUCAACAACUCCACUUUCAUCCAAAGAAAGAACAAGAGCAGCAAUCUCUUUGCUCAAAUCAGAAGAAAACCCACAAAAAAUCAUCGAAAUCUGUAACUCCGCUUCUCUAACCCCAGAAGCUCAUUUAGACCGUAUCGCCUUCUCUGUCGCUAUUACCAAGCUCUCCAAAUCCAACAAUUUCUCUUUCAUCCAACAAUUCCUCGACGACCUCCGUGUUUCUCGACCGGAUCUUCGUACUUCCGAACGAUUUGCCGCUCACGCCAUCGUUCUAUUCGGUCAAGCUGCGAUGGUUGAUCACGCUGUCCGCACUUUUAAAGAGUAUCAUACUGAUGUCAUUGGCUUGGGUAAUAAUGGGUCUGUUAAAGUUUUCAAUGCUCUACUUUUUGCUUGUUAUUUGGCUAAGGAUUACAGUGAAGUGAAAAGGGUGUUCCUUGAAUUUCCUAAAAAUUAUAAUAUUGAGCCUAAUUUGGAUAGCUACAAUACUGUUAUUAAGUCUUUCUGUGAUUCUGAGAGUUCAAGUUCGGGUUUUUCUGUUUUAGCUGAGAUGGAUAGGAAGCGUCUGAAACCAAAUGCGACGACUUUCGGGCAUUUGCUUGCUGGGUUUUACAAGGAAGAGAAGUAUGAGGAUGUUGGAAAAGUAUUGGAAAUGAUGAAGGACAAGUACGGGAUUCGGCCGGGUGUUAGUACUUAUAAUAUUAGGAUUCAAAGUUUGUGUAAGCUGAAAAAGUCUGCAGAGGCAAAAGCUUUACUUGAUGGAAUGUUGUCUAGGCAAAUGAAGCCGAACUCUGUGACAUAUGCUCAUUUGAUUCAUGGGUUUUGCAAUGAAGGUGAUUUGGAGGGAGGAAAGAGACUGUUUAAGGAUAUGGUUAAUAGAGGGUACCAACCAGAUUCUGCUUGUUAUUUUACGUUGCUGCAUUACUUGUGUAAAGGUCAGGAUUUUGAGACUGCAUUGAGAAUUUGUAAGGAAAGUAUUGGGAAGGACUGGGUACCAAAUAUUGCAACUAUGAAGUCUCUGGUCAAUGGGCUUGCAGGUAUUGGGAAGGUGGAUGAGGCAAAGGAGCUUAUUGCAAAAAUAAAGGAGAAGUUUACCAAGAAUGUUAGUACGUGGGAAGAGAUUGAAGCUGGUUUACCUCGGUAGGGAAGAAAAUGUUUUAAGUUUUGUUUGACAAGACCAGGAAGCUAGAAAAUCAGGUUCUUGUUGGAGCAUGCAAAUGGAAAUUGAUUGUUCAGAUACUGCCUGCAUUUGCUCAAAUGUGCACAUUUUCUGUUAACAGAUUUCCUCAAGAAUGAUGUUCUGCGUCCACAUCUAGCAAGUUUGUAAUAAUGCUGAACUGAGGUCAAGACAAUAUGGUCUGCCCUUGAAUUCAUGGGAAUACAAUUGUUUCAUUUUUGCAUGAACUGUCAUGGAUUAAGCAUGAACUUCUAGCAAAAGGCUGAAGCUACUAGAGUGAUAUUCGGGCAACUUUCGAGUUUCAUUUUAUAAAAUGUCAAUCUGCGACAGCGAUUGCAUCUUCCA